AUGUUCCUCUUCUUCAUUUUCUUCGCCUUUGUUACAGCAUCCCUGUACUAUGAAGUGUACAUGCAAAUGCUUCUGACAGCACCAGAAGUCGAAACCUUCAAUGAUGUUACUAUUGAAAUGCUUACCAACCAUGGUACGGUCAAAGUGAAGGAUGAUAAUUCGGUGAUCAUCUCGGAGUUCUUAACUGAGCUCAUGUCCCAAAAAAACUUACAAGAAAGUUUCCCUUACGAUGCUCCCCUUCUUGAGAAAUCGCCUGGUCAGAGAAGAUUUAUCCAAACAUGUUUCAAAGACUUGAUUACUGAGACUACUGAAACAUCAUGGGUUCCAAUAGAAGGUUGUGUCGACAACAGCUAUUCAAGCACUACUACCACUUUCAGUAGAGCCAUUGAAGGAAAGAUUCUGAACAGCAUGGGACCUUCUGUUACUGUCUCUCUUUUAGGAGUUGAUGUCGGUAUUGAUCCAAGGUUGAGUUCUGGGCACAUUCUCCUGCUGAAGCUCAGCUGUGACGUUCCACCAGGUGAAGUGAUGCAACUAUUCCUGAAACAUGAUGAAAUAACCGUCAGUAAUAUAAGACAAAGAAAGUUUUCCAUUGCUCCUUUUUGGAAAAGACCACUUCAACAGUUUGAAGUCGAAGACUGGGAACUGUGUGAUGGUGAAGAGAAUAAGUUCACAUUCAUAGCGUCCACUGCUUGUAUUACUGACCCUAAUUUGUUACAGUGUGAAGAAGAUUAG